AUGCACUGCUUCGUUCGCGACCUCUCGGGCAACUCGCUCUCCUUCGACGCCAGCACCGUCCACGAGCUCCAGUUCGCGCUCGCCGACCGCACCGGCAUCCCCAUUCCCGAGCAGCGUCUCGUGUACGGCUCGCGCCAGCUCGUGUCGACCCGCGACGAGUCGCUCGCCUCGUUCGGCAUCGUCGAGGGCUCCACCGUCGGCCUCGCCCUGCGUCUCAAGGGCGGCGCGCCCAAGAAGCGCUGCACGGCCAUGCUCUCGGCCACCGACCGGUGCAGCCAGGCGGCCGUCCGCAUCGUCGGCGACUGCCAGCUGUGCCAGGCCGCCUUCUGCUCGCGGCAUCGCCUCGCCGAGGACCACCACUGCCCCAAGCUGUCCGACUGCCGCGAGCAGGCGUUCCUCAAGAACAAGACCAAGCUCGAGGCCGAGGCGACGCCGUCCGAGAAGCUCGCGCGGGUCUGA